GACUGCCUGAAGCUCCACAUCAGCAACACCACCACGUCGUCACUUUCCCUUGUUCUCCAGACCCUUACAAUCACCGCGUAUACAAUCUCGAACGCCAAACAUGCUCAAACUCCUUCUCUUGCUGGGUUUGUGGACCCUCACUGCAACUGCGCAGUUUGGCUUCUUCGACCAAAUGUUCGGCGGCAACGGCCAGCAGCAACAGCAGCAGCAGCAGGCGAACGUGCGGAGUGACAGCAGCUGGUACCAGGCACAGUACGAGAACGCGCAAUGCUCACACUACCUCUGCCCCGGCACUCUCUCCUGCGUGCACUUCCCCCACCACUGCCCCUGCGCCUGGGAGGCCACCGAAGACAAGGUCGAGCUUGCAGAUGGCAUUGCGAUUUGCGGCAGCAAGGGUGGCUGGAAGGAGGGCGAGUUCGCGAAGAAGGUCGAGCUGGCCAGGAAGGGGCUGCUUUAAGGCGUGUACCAACAGGAAGGAAGGAAAGCAUUGGGUGCAAAAGGGACUUGGUGGAAAUCAAACAAAUCACACAUGGCCAUACUGGAACCGCAUGAUAGACACGUACGACACUGCAUUCGAUAUUUGCCACUAUAUAGACAGCACUGUUUACAACUUUCACACUUGGUAGGCGCCGGUUGACUUACUGGGUGUGCGUUUCAAUACCUAUCUUUGCCCUCGAGGCUGGACUUCAGCUGCUCGAGGUACUCUAGCAAACACUAUACCAGCACACUAUACCAACACACUAUACCAACACACUAUACCAGCUAAGAGUGCUGUUCUGGCAACCACAGUUGCUCCUCUGACG